AUGACCAGACCAGCAACGGCCUCAUCAGGGAUCAUCCCACCAGGAACCGAUCCAACCAUGGAGAACCAAACUCCCACCAAUCAACCGGCGGCUCAGAUCGCAACGGCCGAACUGGCGAAGAUGCAAGAGAUGAUCGCCGCCUUGCAGAAGAAAGCCGACGAGCAAGCGGCGCUUAACAGAGGAGUUGCGAAAGCGAACGGCAUCGAUCCUGUGGCGCUCACUUUCACGACUCCAAUCACAACAGCAGGAGGACGAGUAGCAACAGGAAGCGGAUCCACCGAUCCACCUCCCCUUAACAGAUCGAGCACAAACGACGAGUCUGGAGCAAUCGGAGAUGCGCCAGCGAACGGAACAGGAGUUAACGCGACUCUCAACUCGCCGGCAAACCCUUACAGCGACGAAGCGCUCGCCGUACUCGUAGAUCGAAUGAUGGCGAAGAAGAUCAGCGAGCUACAGAUCGCGGGAGCCAUCGGCGGAACCCGAACGACAACGAGCUGGAGGAGCUGCGAGCCAGAAUGGCGCGAUCCGACGAAAAUACGAGACUCCUCAGAUCCCAAGCUCAACAUCCAGAAGUACGACGGAACAGCCGAUCUGAGGGAGCAUGUGAACACCUUCCGCAUUAUUUUGAGCCGAGUCGAAUUCCCGACCCCAGAGGCGAAAGACGCCGCAUACUGCAAGUUGUUCGCUGAAUACCUCAAAGGACCGGCCUUGACGUGGUUCAUGCAAAUCGAGCCAAACUCUAUCACGAAUUUCCAUCAGUUGUCGUCCCAGUUUCUCAAGCAAUACUCCAUAUUCAUCGAGAAUGCCACUUUGGACGAGAUCCGAGCAUUUUGCGACUCUCAACUCGUUGCGAACCAGUUUAGCGGAGAAUACGCUACUAAAGACAAAAGAAUCGAGAAGUACUUAGCAAUACUGAAAGAGUUGGCUGCAAAAUUCGCUAAAUUCGAGCAAACGGGAGUACCCCGCGGCGAGAACACGCAGGCAGACGCCCUAGCUGCGCUAGCAUCCACGUCCGACCCAGACCUCAAAAGGAUAAUACCGGUGGAAUUCAUUGAACGACCAAGCAUUAAUGUUCCCGAGCCAGUUAUGACGAUAACGUCAACGCAACCCGAAGAAGAAGGCGAACUAGACAAUGACAUAGCUGACAUGGAGAUAGACAGAGAAGUUGAAUAUGGCUGCGACAGAGAAUGGAUGGGCGCGAUCCGAGCAUACAUACAUGAGGGCAAAAUCCCGGCAGAGAAAUGGGCAGCUCGCAAACUCAGAGCUCAAGCAGCACGCUACGUUGUGUUAGACGGGGAACUUACUCAAAUGGCGAUUCUCAUGGCCUUCGCUCAAUUGCGUUGA